AUGAAGGCUUCAUAUAUGUUUUACAAGCUGCUGAAGCUAUAUUUGCUUUUGUGGGUCGUGUAUGUGUGUGCAAGCUCAAGGAUCCACGCAUCAAAUGUCGCUGUCUUUGAGAAGCAGCUGGCGCCGGUUUUCAUGGGCAAUCACAAGACCUCACUUUCUCUCAUAAUUGCGCAUCCCGACGACGAAAUAAUGUUCUUUGGCCCAACACUGCAGCAAUUGGAUCUUUUAUUGCCCGCAGAUAUUCGUCUGAAUAUUGUUUGCCUAUCAACAGGGAAUGCUGAAAAUCUCGGAACCACAAGAGAAAGAGAGCUCAGACAGGCUGUGAACUUCCUCUUUGCGAAUUCAGCCAGAAAUAUGGAGCUAUUUCAAUUGAAUUAUACCGACGGAAUGGAUGUCACGUGGAAUGCAGACGAUAUAUCGAAGUCCGUAACGAGCCUGGUACUCUCUCCACAAGGAUCUGACAGGGAAAUUCUUUUAUCCUUUGAUGGUAGUGGUGUUUCGUCGCAUUUGAAUCACAUUUCAUGCCAUCACGCUGUUGAAAGAAUGCUCCAAGAUAAUGAAAAAGUUCAUUCGGCCAUAUUUUUGGACAGUCACUCAAGAAAUCCUCUUUUGAAAUACAGCUUUUUCAUCAGGAGUUUGUCUCACAUCGCAAUGGAGAAAUUGAGCGGUAGAACCAAUUUGGGAAGCAUUAGGUUAUUCAAUACUUAUCCCCAAUACCUAGCGCUGCUAGCAACGAUGACAAACGCACAUCAAUCGCAAAUGGCGUGGUUCAGGUACGGCUGGUGGUUCUUUUCAAGCUUUGUGUUUCUUAACGAUUUGAAAAUCGUUAGUAAGUAG